AUGGCCCAUCUCUGGCGCAUCAGCGGUCUGCUUCUGAUUCUCCAGUUCACCUCUGUCGCGGACCACGCGAACGGUGCCACGCUCGCUGGGCAGUGGCCAAUGCCAGUGGUGCCCAAGAGGGCACUUACGUUCGACAGCCCCGUUGUUGACCGCAACGGCUCAGAGAUUCCGCCGUACAAUACGACGUACUACUUUGAGCAACUAAUCGACCACAACAAUCCGAGCCUUGGAACAUUUUCACAGCGGUAUUGGACGACCUGGGAGUUCUACGAACCUGGCCUCGAGAUAUUCUUGACCAACCAGACGAUUGUCGGGCAAAUAGCGCAACAGCAGAAUGGGGCUACCGUCAUGCUCGAGCACCGAUUCUACGGGUUCUCGAACCCUUACCAGAACUUUAAGUUAUGGUUCCGUUAUACAAUGGGGCUCACUCUGAAUCAAGCGUCCACUUCUAGUCAGCCGGAUGCAUUUUGGGCCGGAUACUCUUCAUCUGGUGUGGUUGAAGGCAUUAUAAACUUCUGGCAAUACUUUGACAUCCCGCGCCAGUAUAUGCCGCAAAAUUGCUCGGCGGAUGUACAAGCUGUCAUCGCAUACAUUGACGAGACCUUCGUUAAUGGGACCACCGAGGAGAUCGAUGCCAUAGAGACAACCUUCGGCAUGAAUUUGACGCAUUUGGAUGAUUUCAGUUAUGCACUGACUAACCCCCUCGCUGCUUGGCAGAACCUGCAGCCAGAUGGGGGAUCCGACCAGCCCUUCUUCCAGUUCUGUGAUGCACUGGAAGUCAAGGACGGUGUUAAUGCAUCUGCAGAGGGAUGGGGACUUGACUACGCCUUGCAAGCGUGGGGUUCCUGGUGGCAAGACGUGUACAUCCCUGGCUAUUGCGGUGAUGUUGAUGUAGAGUGGGUAGCGUAUCCUCCGUCCUGCUUUGGCACAUACGAUCCCACGAAUCCCGUGUGGACCAAUAUCACAGUCAACAACUCGCAGCGCUCCUGGGGCUGGAUUGUGUGCAACUACAUGGGCUUCUUCCAAGGCGGAGCGCCUAAGGGUGAUCCGACCAUUGUUUCUCGUUUGGUCGAUCCUGCCUAUUACGAGGUAUGCCUGCCGUUACACGCUCCACAUGCUAUGGGUUUGCGAGACUCACCGGUCCCCAGCGUUGGUGCACAUACUAUUUCCCCGAGGCAUUCCCGACAGCAGCUGCGCCAGACGUAG